CUGUACAUUUUUCCCUUUAGCAAAGUAUCCAGAGAUCAAGACUCUGAUGGGACCAGAUCCACAUUUAAAGUGGAUUGUAUCUGGAAUGGUUUUCAUGCAGCUGCUGGCAUGCUACCUGGUGAAAGACUUAUCUUGGAAAUGGAUUUUCUUCUGGGCUUAUGCUUUUGGGGGUUGCAUCAACCAUUCCCUGACCCUCGCCAUCCAUGACAUUUCACACAACGUGGCCUUUGGGAACAAGCAGGCCAAGUGGAACCGAUGGUUCGCAGUCUUUGCCAACCUGCCCGUUGGCAUCCCCUAUUCUGCCUCCUUCAAGAAAUACCACAUUGACCAUCACCGGUAUCUGGGAGGGGACAGCUUGGAUGUGGACAUUCCCACAGACUUUGAGGGCUGGUUUUUCUGCACUCCGCUUCGGAAACUGCUUUGGCUGUUCCUCCAGCCUCUGUUCUACAGUCUGAGACCCCUGUAUGUGAACCCCAAAGCAAUUACACGGAUGGAAAUUCUUAACGCUCUCGUCCAGUUUUCUGUAGACCUCAUCAUUUACUACCUGUGGGGGCUCAAACCUGUUAUUUACUUAAUAGCAGGUACAAUUCUUUGCUUGGGUUUUCAUCCCAUUUCUGGACACUUCAUAGCAGAACACUACAUGUUCCUAAAAGGAUAUGAGACAUACUCUUAUUAUGGACCUCUGAACUGGCUCACCUUCAAUGUAGGCUACCACAUGGAGCAUCAUGACUUCCCCAGCAUUCCUGGAUGCAGAUUGCCCAUGGUGAAGAAGAUUGCAGCAGAAUAUUAUGAUAACCUCCCACAUCACCAGUCCUGGAUUCGAGUUCUGUGGGACUUUGUUUUUGAUGACACUCUUGGUCCUUAUUCAAGGGUUAAGAGACGGUGCAAGCUGGCGAAGGAAAGCUAACAGGGAGCUCAGCCUGCUGAAGUGGUGUGUGUUUGUUGAUUCCCAUGACUCCAGAUUUCUGCAGAAACAGAAGGAUCUUUGUGUGUGCUGAAUUAAAGUUGGUGUAUGCUGCUUAUGCCAAGAGGAUGGGUGUGAAAAUGAAGCAAUUUUAGACAACUGAUACUUUUUAAUAAAGGAUAUUUGUAUAAAUAA